AUGGUGGAGAGGAGCGGCAAGUUCCUGUUCGCCGUCGUCGGCUCCGCGCUCUUCAUGCUCAUCCUCUAUCAGUACGCCGCACCGGGAGCCGUGACCGCGAACUUCGGCUCUCGGCGCCCCUACGCACCUGAGGACGACGACGCCGACGCGUUCCCGACUCCCGACCCGCACUACGUUAAGAAGUACUACUUCCCGGCGCGCGACCUGGAGCGCGCGGUCGACUUCCAGAUCAAGGGCGACGACGUGCUCGUGUUCCUGCACAUCCAGAAGACAGGAGGUACCACUUUCGGGAGGCACCUGGUGCAAAACGUGCGGCUCGAGCUGCCCUGCGACUGCCGGCCCGGUCAGAAGAAGUGCACGUGCUACCGACCCAACCGUAAGGAGACCUGGCUCUUCUCGCGCUUCUCCACCGGCUGGAGCUGCGGGCUGCACGCGGACUGGACCGAGCUGACCAACUGCGUGCCGGGAGUCCUCAAUAAGAAGGAGAGCAAGAGGAAGAAAUUAAAUUUCUACUACAUCACUUUGCUGAGAGACCCACUGUCUCGCUACCUCAGCGAGUGGCGCCACGUCCAGCGGGGCGCCACGUGGAAGACGUCCCUCCACAUGUGCGACGGGCGGACGCCGACCCCCGAGGAGCUCCCGUCCUGCUACGAGGGCACCGACUGGUCGGGCUGCACCCUGCAGCAGUUCAUGGACUGUCCCUACAACCUGGCCAACAACCGGCAAGUGCGCAUGCUAGCCGACCUGAGCCUGGUGGGCUGCUACAACAUGUCCUUCAUCCCCGAGAAGAAGCGCGCCCAGGUCCUGCUGGAGUCGGCCAAGAAGAACCUGCGCGACAUGGCCUUCUUCGGACUCACCGAGUUCCAGCGGAAGACGCAGUACCUGUUCGAGCGCACCUUCCGUCUCAAGUUCAUCCGGCCGUUCGUGCAGUACAACAGCACGCGGGCGGCCGGCGUGGACCUGGAAGACGACACCAUACGGCGCAUCGAGGAGCUCAACGACCUGGACAUGCAGCUGUACGACUACGCCCGCGACCUCUUCCAGCAGCGCUACAUGUACAAGAGGCAGCUGGAGAGACGGGAGCUCCGGCUGAGGAACCUGCGGCGCUCGACGGGGACCGCCGAUCCCGCCCGGCGUGACGCCAGCGACUCUGAUUCCUCACGCUUAUCGACGGAGGACUAUUUGAGCCAUAUAAUCAAUCGCUGGUAACGACCGGACGCUUAAAGAUUCUCAACUUAAGAGCCUCCUCGAGUCGAUGUGGCUGCCGAGCCAGAAGCACGACCGGAGGAACCACGACCGGGUUGGUCUUGGCUGAAAUCUUAAAGGUUAAAGACUCUACGGACUUAAAUAGAUCUUAAAGUAAUAAACAACGAAAGAUGAAUUUAAUUUUAAGACA